CGUCAGCGGAGGGGGAUUACGCAUUGUGAGAACCACGCGCGUUUCGCAUCUGCUAUUGUGGCGACUGAAUUGCUUUCCAGUACCAGGGUAUUUAGUCAAGCAGAUUGUGUUUCUUUACAGCCCGGGAUGAUCUCUCUUGACGGCGUUUGGUGAAGUGGCUUGAGGGACAGCAGCAUCACACAAACAGAGACAUGAGCAUGCAUACAAACCACGUCUUAACAAGAUGGGAUACAGCCCUGCCGGGAUCAUGAAUUACUGCGCUGUCGAAUGAAGAAUUGGUAGCACUGGAACGAGUGAUACCUCUUUCUUCUUUCCAAAAAAAAAAAACCAUGGGAAGUGCAGAGGAAAUUCAAAUGGAAAUGCACGGAUGGUCAGUAAAAAUGAGCAUAUCCAGGGUUUUGGCCAUGGUGACGGUCUUUUCUAUGAUUCCUGGCGGGGUGCUGAGCGAUAUAAGAGGUACUAAGGGCCUGGAAGCCCAACAAAUGGCCCAGGGGUCCACUCAUCUGCAUCGCCGCCUGAAGAGAGGCUGGAUCUGGAAACAGCUGUUUGUCCCCGAGGAAGAUCCCACUCUGCGAGUUAUUGGCCAGCUAAAGUCUGACUCAGACCGAGGCGAGUUUUCUAUCAAGUACAUACUCUCAGGAGAAGGUGCCGGCGAUGUCUUUGAGAUAGAUGAGUAUUCUGGGGAGAUCCGGGCGCUGAAAAAGCUCGACCGAGAGGAAAAGGCCUUCUACGUCCUUCAAGCCCAGGCUAUCAACAGGAGGUCCAAUGAGCCAGAGGAACCCCAGUCUGAGUUCAUCAUCACGGUUCAGGACAUCAAUGACAAUGUCCCCCAGUUCCAGAACGAGCCAUAUGUGUCCAGCAUCCCUGAGAUGUGUCCAACGGGGACCACAGUGGCCCAGGUGACAGCCACAGAUGCUGAUGAUCCAAUGUUCGGAAACAAUGCCAAGCUCAUCUACACCAUCCUGCAGGGGGAACCCUACUUCUCUGUGGAGCCAAAGACAGGGAUUAUUGUAACAUCCUGGCCAAACAUGGACCGCGAGGCGAGAGAGGAGUACCUGGUGGUGGUGCAGGUGAAGGAUAUGCUCGGCCUGAGCGGCGGCUACUCGUCCUCCACCACCGUCACCGUCAGCCUCACUGAUGUCAACGACAACGGACCCACGUUCCAGCACCACCUGUACACCUUUGCCGUGCCUGAAAAUGCAGCUUUGGGCACCACUGUGGGCAGAAUUAUGGCACAGGAUGGAGACACUGGCACCAACGCCAGAAUGACCUACAGCCUGGAGGAUGACCUGGAGGAAAGCUCCACCUUUAUCAUCCAAACAGACCCAGUGACGCAGGAGGGAGUGGUUCUGCUAGCCAAGCCGUUGGACUAUGAAACUAAAAGACGUUUUGUCAUGGCAGCGGAGGCGGUCAACGAUCACGUGGACACUCGUUUUCUGCCUUUGGAGGAGUUCACGGACAGGACGACGCUCAAGAUCAUUGUGCAGGACGUGGACGAGCCGCCCGUCUUCCUCUCGCCGCUCUAUGAGUGGAAAGUCCCUGAAAAUGCAGCUGUGGGAACGGUGGUUGGCAGUGUUAGUGCUAGAGACACUGACACAGUCAACAAUCCCAUCAGAUAUUCGAUUGACAAAAGGAGCGACACAACAAAAGCUUUCAAGAUAGACCCAAACAAUGGGACCAUUACUGUCGCUAAAGCUUUGGACCGAGAGACUUCAAACUGGCACAAUGUUACUGUUGAAGCCAGAGAAACAACGCAGAACCAUUUAUCCUCCUCUGUGGUGGUGUUCGUCAAAGUGCUGGACAUAAACGACAAUGUGCCAAGGCUUGCAAGAGAUUACCAGCCAUAUAUCUGCGAGGGGACACAGGCGGGACAACUCAUUCAGCUGCUCAAUGCUGUUGAUCCAGACGACCCCGUGGAGGGACACCACUUCUACUUCUCCAUGGUCCCUGAGAAGCACAUCAAUCCAAACUUCACCAUCAGAGAUAAUCAAGACAAUACAGCCGGCGUUGUUGCACGCAGGAGUACUUUCACCCGCAAGGAUCGAACCCAGUACCUCCUGCCUGUUGUGGUGGCGGACAGCGGCUCUCCAGCCCUCUCCAGCACCACCACUUUAACCAUCAGCGUGUGCAGCUGCCAGCCGGCCGGACACUGUCCCACAGGGGGGGUGGAGGCCCUCGCUCUGUCUAUGGGUGUCAGCCUGCAAACCUUGUUAGGGCUUCUGGUCUGCCUGGUCACUCUCACAGUGCUGUCAGUUCUAAUGCUGAUGCUGAGGAGACACAGGCGGAAGCAGCAGGAGGGCCUGGAGGUGGAGGUGAAGGAGCUGGAGCUGCCAGAGACGGUGUCGCAGAAGGUGCUGUAUUACGGGGAACUCGGGGGAGGAAGAGCUAACCUGGACUUCUGCCAGCCUGUGGUUCCGCUGCGCCCCCACCCCAGGAGGAAGGAGAGGAGGCUGCGGAGGGAGGACGUCCGAGCAAGCAUACGGAUGUCCCUCCGGGAGUCGCACCUCAUCGGGCCGGAGGAUGAUGUCUUCAGGCAGUUUAUCCUGGACAGGCUGGCAGAUGCAGAUCAGGAUCCCUACGUUCCCCCAUUCGACUGCUUAAGAACCUACGCUUACGAGGGGUCAGGCUCUCCCACUGGGUCCCUGAGCUCGCUGGACUCUUUGGAGCUUUUACCAGAGCAACCUGUUCGUAAUUCCAGACCCUGCUUGGUGAGACUCACCCCUUGGUAUGGGGGAGGAGAGGAGGACACCAUCUUCUAAAAGGGGUUAUCUUAUAGAAGGGCUGUUCUUCCUUUUGGCUGUUUCCCCCUUUUUUCAAAAUCUUUAUGGUAAGCUAAGCUAACUGGCUACUGGCUGGAGCUUCAUAUUUAUUAUACAGAGAAGGAGCGCUAUCAGUAUUCCAAAGUUACUCAGCAAUUAAGCAAUGUAAUGCUUAUAAUUAACCCUUAUAUAAUGGCAUGUAUCCAUUUUGUCUGGUGAUUUUUUUUUACUCUGUUUAAACAUGAAUUACAUAAUUUAAACCAUUAGUAUGUUAUCUACAAUUACGCUAAAGUGCACUUAUAACAAUUUAAGCUCUGCUUGAAGAUUAAGUUCGACUGUGUCAGUGCCUUAAAUUAAAAUGAAAGGAUCUCUCUUCUGUACUCAUUCA